AUGGAUCCCGAGCAACUAUCCCAGUUAGAGGGUCACGACAGUGUCCCAGAAUUACCUCUUGGUACCUCCGCCGCCGCAGCUCAUGGGCACGCUGCCCACAACAAUUUUACCUACGAUGAGGAGGACCCACACCAGAAAAAUGCUCUAACCCGGACGGUUUCUCAUGCCUCUCACGUUGAGGUCGACAUGUUCGACCCCUCGGGAAUGAGCGAUCUGCGACAGACACUCACCCAUAUGUCUACUCAUGCGCAAUCUCCACGCUCACCGCAUUCGGGUCGACUGGGUGAAGGAAAGAGGAAAAGUGAUUCUGUCUCUGUGGAGACUGAGGCAACUCUUACUCCUGUAGACGGUCCGUUUGACUUUGAGAAGACACUUCGGCAGAUCAUCAAAAAGUCAGACAAGUCGGAUAUCAAGAGAAGAGAACUUGGCGUUGUCUUCCAGGACCUUCGUGUUCGCGGCCUUGGCGCUUCAGCUACCUAUCAGCCUACUCUGGGUUCCGUGCUGAGUCCGUUGUACCUCAUAGAGAAGGUGAUGGAACUUCGACACCCUCACGUCCGUGACCUCCUCAGCGGCUUCGAGGGUGUUGUCCGGCCGGGCGAAAUGCUCCUGGUGUUGGGUCGUCCCGGUGCAGGCUGCAGCACCUUCCUGAGGACGCUCGCCAAUCAGCGCAGCGACUUCUACGCAGUGGAAGGUGACGUCAGCUACGACUCCUUCACGCCCGCGCAGAUUCAUCGGAGCCACCGUGGUGAUGUGCAGUACUCGCCUGAAGACGACGUCCAUUUUCCUACCCUGACGGUCGACGAGACGAUUCGCUUCGCCGCUCGGACACGUACACCGCAGCAGCGCAUCGGCCAAGCUUCACGGGAUGAGCACAUAGAGCACAUUGAUGAGGUGCUGAUUACGCUCUUCGGCCUCCGGCACGCCCGGAACACACUCGUUGGGGAUGCCUCUAUUCGGGGUAUUUCUGGUGGAGAGAAGAAGCGUGUUUCUAUUAGUGAGAUGCUCGCUACACGGUCUUUGUUGAGCUCCUGGGACAACUCUACGCGUGGACUGGAUGCUUCUACUGCGCUCGAGUUUGUCCAGGCCCUUCGUCUUGCAACAGAUAUCGUGCGCCUUUCCACCAUUGUCUCCAUCUACCAAGCUGGAGAGUCGUUGUACAACCAUUUCGACAAGGUCUGCGUGAUUUACGAAGGUAAGAUGGCGUACUUCGGCCCCGCGGAUCGUGCGCGGCAGUACUUCAUCGACAUGGGCUACGAGCCUGCCAACAGGCAGACCACCGCGGACUUCCUCGUCGCUGUCACCGACCCAGGUGGACGUAUCGUACGCUCCGGCUUUGAGUCCAGGGUGCCACGCACUGCGAUCGAGUUUGCAGACACCUUCAAGCAGUCGGAGCUCGCACAGUUGAACAGAGAUGACAUGCAGUCAUAUCGGGACGAAUUUGUUGGAAAGCCCCAGCGCGCCUCGAUAUACUCGGCUAGUGCUCAGGCAGAGCGCGCGAAGACCAUCCCGUCGAAAAAGAGCUCUUACAUCAUCUCAGUGCCCAUGCAAGUUCGUGCAGUCAUGUUGCGCAGGGUGCAGAUCAUCAAGGGGGCAAAGAUGGCGCAGGUCCUCAGCACGGUGGUGUUCGUUGUUGAGGCCGUAAUCGUCGGGACCAUCUUCUUGCGGCUUUCGUCCACAACUGCGACUUACUUCUCUCGUGGAGGUGUUCUUUUCUUCGCCCUCAUGUUCGCCGCCAUCUUCACGAUGGCUGAGAUACCGGCUCUGUUCGCGCAGCGACCUAUCGUUCAGAGGCAUGCUAAGGCAGCCAUGUACCACCCAUUCGUUGAUUCGCUCGCGUUGACCCUCGUUGACGUGCCUAUGACAUUCGUUACCGUCGUUGGUUUCUCUAUCAUACUAUACUUCGUCGUUGAUCUCCAGCAAUCAGCCGGUCAAUUCUUCACCUUCCUGCUAUUAAUAUUUUCGAUGACGAUUACGAUGAAGGCGUGGUUCCGCGGUGUUGCUGCUGCGUUCAACGACCCUGCGCCUGCGCAGACGAUAGCUGGUCUCUCUACGCUACUUAUGGUGCUGUACACUGGUUAUGCGAUACCCCAGCCAUACAUGAUCGGCGCAUUGCGGUGGAUCACUUACAUCAACCCUAUCAAAUACGGUUUUGAGGGCCUUAUGGUGAACGAGUUCAAUACUCUCAACGGCCCUUGUGCCGCCAUCAUUCCGCAGGGCCCUGGAUACGAGAAUGUCUCGCUGGCAAAUCAGGUGUGCACCACUGUUGGUUCCGUGUCGGGACAGCAAACCGUGAAUGGCCUUCGAUACCUUCAAAUGUCCUUCGGCUAUCUUCACAGCCAUCUGUGGCGGAACUUUGGGAUCAUCCUCACGUUCAUGAUUGGUUUUAUUGCUGCUUUGCUAUUGUUCACGGAGUUCAACACGAGCACGAAGGGCCAGACAUCUGUCACGCUGUUCAAGCGCGGUUCAAAGACGGCCGUCAUCAAGGCUGCGGCCUCGGAAGCGGCCUCAGACGAGGAGAAGCCUGCGAGCACUGCCUCUUCGGAGAAGAUCAGUGCCGGUGCAGAUGCGCGGGAGGUAAUCAAGGAGGCACCUGCAGUGCGGGACACAUUCUCGUUCCAGAACUUGAGCUACGUUGUCCCGGUUAGCGGGGGUCACCGCCAGUUGCUGGAUAAUGUCACAGGCUACGUCGCGUCGGGAAAGUUGACCGCGCUCAUGGGCGAGUCUGGUGCGGGAAAGACUACGCUGUUGAAUGUACUGUCUGAGAGGACUUCUGGUGGUGUCGUCAGUGGAGAACGUUUCAUGAAUGGCCAAUCACUGCCGAUAGACUUCAAGUCUCAGACUGGAUACUGUCAGCAAAUGGAUACCCACUUGUCCACCGCCAGUGUCCGCGAGGCUCUUCUUUUCUCGGCGAAGAUGCGCCAGCCUGCCUCUGUGUCUCUGGCUGAGAAGGAGGCUUACGUUGAGAAGUGUAUGAAGAUGUGUGGUCUGGAAGAAUUUGCUGACGCCAUUGUUGGUUCUCUUGGUGUGGAGCAACGCAAGCGCACCACGAUUGGCGUGGAACUCGUCGCGAAGCCUUCGCUUAUCUUCCUGGACGAGCCCACAUCUGGCCUCGACUCACAGAGCGCAUGGGCGAUCGUUUGCUUCUUGCGCGAUCUCGCCGAUAGCGGGCAGUCGAUUGUCUGCACGAUUCAUCAACCGUCUGGAGAGCUAUUCGAGGUUUUCGAUAGGCUCCUCCUCUUGCGCAAGGGAGGUCAAGUCGUCUAUUUCGGAGAUAUUGGCAGAAAAUCUUCCACCCUCGUCAGCUACUUUGAGAGUCAUGGCGGACGGCGUUGCGAUGAGGCUGAGAACCCUGCCGAAUACAUCCUUGAAGUGAUUGGUGCCGGUGCAACUGCAGUGGCCACCCAGGAUUGGCAUGAAGUUUGGAAGAGCUCGCGCGAAAUGCAAACCUCCCUUUCAGAGCUAGAUGCCAUUCAUGCGGAGGGUCACCAGCGCCCUCCGGUUGAAGCGAAGUUGUUGUCGGAAUUCCCGACAACCUGGGGUUAUCAGCUCUACGAGUUGUUCAUUCGUAAUGCUCAGACGUAUUGGCGCGAUCCGACCUAUCUAGUAGCUAAGCUGGCUUUGAACAUUGUCUCUGGCCUUCUCAUCGGAUUCACGUUCUUCAAGGCCAAGGACAGCAUCCAAGGUACUCAGAACAGGCUCUUCGCCGUCUUCAUGUCGCUUAUCCUCACUGUCGCCAUGACCAAUCAACUGCAAGUUCCCUUCUUCUAUAUGCGUGGUAUAUACGAGAUCCGCGAGCGAUACAGCAGCAUGUACAGCUGGACGGCGCUGGUGACGUCGCAGAUCCUGAUCGAGAUCCCGUGGAACAUCCUUGGUUCCUCCCUGUAUUUCGUGUGCUGGUACUGGACUGUCGGCUUCCCCUCCUCCCGUGGCGGCUUCUCGUACCUCAUGUACGGCAUCUUCCUUCCGUUGUAUUACACCACCAUUGGCCAGGCCGUUGCUGCGAUGUCUCCAAACGCGGAGAUUGCUGCUUUGCUUUUCAGCUUCUUGUUCUCGUUCGUGCUGUCUUUCAAUGGUGUGUUGCAGCCCUUCAGCGAAUUGGGGUGGUGGAGGUGGAUGUACCAUGUCAGUCCGUUCACUUAUGUGGUGGAGUCAAUGGUUGGCCAAGUCGUUGGGAGGAACCCAAUUGUGUGCAGUGCUGCAGAGCUUGUCCCAGUUGAACCUCCGACAGGCCAAACAUGCUCGCAGUAUCUUGGGCCUUUCAUCGAUGCGGCAGGUGGAUACCUGACAAACGGCAAUGCUACCAGUCAGUGCCUUUACUGCGCCUACAGUACUACCGAUGCGUUCCUGGGGAAGAGUUUCAAUAUCUUCUACUCUCUCCACUGGAGGGACCUGGGUAUCUUGUGUGCAUUCAUUGGUUUUAAUAUUGCGGCUGUUUAUGCGUGCACGUAUCUUUUCCGUAUCCGCUCCGGAAGCUAUUUGAACAAUGCAGUCGGAUUCUUGAAGAGGCGGCUUGCUCGUAGAUCUGAUUAG